GUACGAAAGAGAGAAACAAGAGGAUGUGAAGUGUGAACUCACUUUCUCAAACAGAUAGAUAGAAUAGAUAAGUAAGUUUCGGAAAAUACGUGACGAACUAAAACAAGAAGUUGAAAGCAAGAGAAAUCAAACAACAAGAAAUAAUGAUGGUGAUAGAAAGACUAAACCCAAAAUAAAUGCACUGGAAGAAGGGGCACAGAUCGUGAAUAAGGUAAUGAAACAGUAAAUAACCUGAGGAAUAUAAAAAAAAAAAAGUGAAGGAAACACGAAGAAAUCUGUAGAAGACAAACCAACGAAUCGAAGACGUGUUUGAUUGGCCAAGAAAAGAAGAAAGCCGAUCAAGAAGGAAAGAAGAGGAUAGCGAGCAACAGCAAGGAGACAUCACCCAGGUAAAUCCCUGCCUCACCUAGUUUACUCCUCUGGCUGGCUAUCCUAUUACUCCGUCCAGGUGAAGGGUAGAGAAUCGAACCAGUGUGCUUCCCAGACGUGACAACCUGCUUGCCCUCACCAUGAAGCUCCUGCCCAGCCAGUCCCCAGCAGACAACAAACCUGAGACACAGCCUGUUACAGACACUUGCCAGACUCCUAGACCCAGGGGAAAGCUUGCCCGGCCCAAGCCAUGCUACCAGUGGACAACAGCUGAUGUACAGAAAUGGUUCAAGAGGCAUUUCAGUGAUUACUUUCAGCUGUACGCACAUCUGUUCACCUCAAAUGACAUCACAGGCAAGGCUCUGGUACGCAUCAGUGAGGGAACGCUGCUCAGGAUGGGCAUCAAGAACCCGGAGCACUUGGAGGCCAUCUGGCGGGAGAUCCUCAAGCUGCGACUCAAAGCAGACAUACAAGAAAUGAAGGAGAUAGAGAUGAGUGCUGUGAUUUAGGUAUGGAGAGUGUCAUGACAGCAACAGCCUUCACUUGUAUAGAGACAGGAACAAGGGAGGGAGAGAAGCUCCAUUAUAAAAUUUUUUUUUUUUUAACCAUGUACAAGAUAUAGGUGAUGCAAUGUAAGAGAGAUCCCUUGUUGAGUGAGAGGAUUUAAGUCUUUCAUUACUACAGUGAGAGGGAAUAUGGGAGGGAGGGAGGGAGGGAGGGAAGGAGGAAAGGGAUAGGGUAAAUAAAUAGUAGCAGUAGAGGCUUUCUUCAUAGCCACCCACAUAAUGGAAUGCAGUGAUGAGGCAUCAAAACAUUGUUUAAGGACUUGUAGGUUGAGUGAAGCAGUAUCCAUACCCACACAAUGUUUAUAUCUAGGAAUCAUUCGUGGCUUUCAAGAUAUCAACAUUAUUUGAGGUGUUCAUACUUUUUGUAAGUGUGUUAAAAGUUCCAUGAAAUAAUAAAGUAUUAUAUCAAGUCAAA